UUCGUUUUUCUUAUUUCAUUUUUAGAUAUGAACAAGGGUUCACCUAUUGAUUAUAAAAGUGGUUCGGCUUGUUCGACACCCACCAAGGAUACGUUAAAAGGUUACGAACGUUCGGCUAAUAAUUGUUUGGGUCCAGUGCUUCCGCCCCGCAGUGUUAUGAGCGGCAUACCUCCCCAUCAUUAUUCGGCACCCAUGAAUUUUCGCAAAGAUUUAGCUGCACGCUGUUCGGCUAAAUGUGUGGCCAUUGUAGCGGUAUCGGUAUUUGUGGCCAUGUGUGUUUUGUUAAUAUUUUUAACAGGAUUUGGUGUUCUUCAUUGGUCUCCCUCUGCCCCCUGUACAGUUCUAGUCGGCAAUGAGGCCUCUGAGGUAACCGCCGCCAAAAGUACUAAUACCGAUCUCUCAAAAUUGCACAAUUCCUCGUUACGCUCAAAAACCGGACAAUCCACCGUGGUAACAACGGCCACCUCUUCGCUGUCUUCUUCACAGGCGGCAGCUUCUUCAUCAGCAUUUCAGUCGACCUCGGCUUCUUCAGUGGCUGUGGGUGGUGGUUCAGCGGUGGCUACUUCAUUGUCAUCGUCCUCCUCUUCGAUAUCGUUGUCUUCAUCGACUUCGCUGUCAUCACCAUUGGCAAAUGCCAAUAAUGGAGUUCAUUCGAGAAUUUCAUUUCACAAAUGGAAUGUUCAGGAUCGACCGAAAAUUGGUAAACGCUUUAAACGCAGUUUGUUGGAGGAACAAAAUUUUAAUCUUAAAAUUAAUGAUGAAAAGAUAAUGACAACAACAGAUAAUGAAGUAAAUUUACAACAGCAAACUACCAACUCUAUUAGUGACAAUGAUGUUAAACAAGAUAAAGAAGUUUUAAAGGUAAAUCCAUGGCAUAAAGAAGAAGAGGGUUCUUUGGUAAAAAGUAAUUAUGAUGAGUUUGAAAACUUAGCAACUACAACAGCUGAAAGUUUUGCCUCCACCACCAAAGGAUUUUUUGAAUAUGAAGACACUUCUACUUUAAAGGUAGAUAAAUUUACAACAACAAUAACAUCUUUAGAACAUAACGAAGAUGUUAAUGAUGAUGAUAAAGAUGAAAAGGAUGAUAAAACUUUAAAAAUCAAUAACAUAUUAAAACGUAAUCAAAGCAAUAAACAUAAUGUUAAUAAAGAACAAGAGAUGCCAAAGCCAAAUAAGGAAAAUGUUGCCACUCCAGCUGUUUUUACUUUAGAGAAAGUGGAAAAAGAGUUAGAUGAUUUGGAAACCACUACAAAAAUGUAUACAAUAUUUGAAAAUUAUAAUUAUGAUGAAGAAGAAGAUUUUCUAUUAGCUUUAGAAAAAAACCAUAAAAAUUCAUUAAAAACUUUAACUAAUGACAACGAAAUGAUAUCCAACGAUACUAUACUCCCAGCUUUGGUGAUAGAGUAUGAAAAUGACAAGCAAAAUGUCAACAAACAAGAGCUAAAUAAUAAAUCUCUAUAUAAUGACAAUAAACAUCAUAAUAAUGAUAAUAAUAAAAAUAAAAAUGAUUAUGAGAAAAAAGACCAGAAUACUUUACAAAUCAAUGAUUUUAAGUUAAAAGAAAAUUAUGAUGAAAUAACUGUUAAAGGAUCUAAUUUAAAAGACAUUUAUGAUGACAGUCAUUUAUUUCUUAAAUAUCAAGAAAAAAAUCCUUAUAACCAAGAAAUGGAGAAAAAUCCAGAUGAAGAAGAAUCUUGGGAAAAUUUAAUGUUAAAUGAUGGUUUAAUGCUACAGCAACAACAACUACAAUUUGAGGAAAUAAAUUAUAAUCAUAAUUUAGAUGAUAUAGAUAUAGUUAAACUAGAACAAACUCAUUCCAAUGAGGAAGAACUAUAUAAGACCAUUAAUAAUACAAAUAAGUCCAAAGAAAAACAAAAAGUUAAGAAAAAAUUUCAAUUAAAUACUGCACAAUAUGAUAAACAACAAAAUGAAGUAAUACGCAAUGAAGAAGCAGAAUUAAUACUUAAUAAUCCUUUAUAUGAAAAACCUAUAACCUCAGCACCUCCCUCAACUAAUAGUCAACAACAGCAACAAAAUCAAAUUCCAGAACAUAAAAUGCAUAUAAAAAAUGAUAAUCAACAAGAUAAGCAUAUAAUAGUUAAUCUUACUAUAGCUUCUAAUGAUGGUUCUGGAAAUGUUUAUACUUUACAUGUUGAUAUACCGGCCUUUGAUCAAAAGGGUCAAGUACAAAAUAUGCAACAGAUAUUGAUUCAUGAGAAAUUAAAUAAAAAACAAGAAGAAUUGCAAGAUGUUAAGGAAAAAGAAAAUGAAAAACCUCCCCCACCAAUAACAACAACUGCACAAUCUCUGCCAGAAUCUUUUAAAUUUAGUCCUUAUUGUAUACCAGAACCACCGCCUCCCAUACCAGAAUGUCCCUGUGCUUGUGGUUUAUAUGGGGAAAUCACAACAAGUUCCACAACUUUAGACAAUGAAUCUGACGACCUAGAACUAGACUCUACUAAAGACGACUGGUUCUCUUCUUCUACUACUACUACCACCUCUACUGAAACUUCAUCAACUAUAACUAAUAUUUACACUAAUGAGAAUGCUAGUGAUGACACAUUUAUCGAUAAUAACAAUAAUAGUGAUGUUGCUACUACCACUGCCAGCUCUAAUAUGCUAGAUUUUGUUAAUGAUAAUGAUUUUGUCACUAAUAAUACUAUUGUGAAUGUUUUAAAUGAAACUAAUGAUAAUGGUGAAAAGUUUGCAUGUCCCGAUGUUAUGCCUAUUCUAAUACUUGAAGGUGCCCGUACAUUCCCUGCCCGUAGUUUUCCACCAGAUGGUACAACUUUUGGUCAAAUUACUUUAGGACAAAAGUUAACCAAAGAAAUACAACCCUACAGUUAUUGGAAUAUGCAAUUCUAUCAAUCGGAACCGGCCUAUGUGAAAUUCGAUUAUACCAUACCGAGAGGAGCUUCAAUAGGUGUUUAUGGUCGACGCAAUGCUUUACCCACACAUACACAAUAUCAUUUUAAAGAGGUUUUAAGUGGUUUUAGUGCCAGUACCAGAUCUACAAGAGCGGCUCAUCAAUCGAUAACACGUGAAGUUACCCGUUAUAUGGAACCGGGUCAUUGGUUUGUUUCCCUCUACAAUGAUGAUGGUGAUGUUCAAGAAAUCACUUUUUAUGCCACUAUUGCCGAAGAUAUGACACAAAAUUGCCCGAAUGGUUGUUCGGGUAAUGGGCAAUGUUUACUAGGACAUUGUCAAUGUAAUCCCGGUUUUGGUGGUGAUGAUUGUAGUGAAAGUGUUUGUCCCGUUUUAUGUUCUCAACAUGGUGAAUAUAUUAAUGGUGAAUGUAUAUGUAAUCCAGGAUGGAAGGGUAAAGAAUGUUCGCUACGUCAUGAUGAAUGUGAAGUGGCCGAUUGUAAUGGUCAUGGUCAUUGUGUUAGUGGAAAAUGUCAAUGUAUGCGUGGUUAUAAGGGAAAAUUCUGUGAAGAAGUUGAUUGUCCACAUCCCACCUGUUCCGGUCAUGGUUUCUGUGCCGAAGGUACUUGUAUCUGUAAAAAAGGAUGGAAAGGACCCGAUUGUGCUACAAUGGAUCAAGAUGCCCUACAAUGUUUACCCGAUUGUUCUGGACAUGGUACAUUCGAUUUAGAUUCACAAACCUGUAGCUGUGAAUCAAAAUGGAGUGGCGAUGAUUGUUCCAAGGAACUUUGUGAUCUAGAUUGUGGUCAACAUGGUCGUUGUGUGGGUGAUGCCUGUACCUGUGACGAAGGCUGGGGUGGUGAAUAUUGUAAUACAAAACUAUGCGAUUCACGUUGCAACGAACAUGGUCAGUGUAAAAAUGGUACUUGUUUGUGUGUUACCGGUUGGAAUGGUAAACACUGUACCAUAGAAGGUUGUCCCAAUUCUUGUUCUGGUCAUGGUCAAUGUCGUGUUAGCGGUGAAGGUCAAUGGGAAUGUCGCUGCUAUGAAGGUUGGGAUGGUGCCGAUUGUGGUAUCGCUUUGGAAUUGAAUUGUGGUGAUAGUAAAGAUAAUGAUAAGGAUGGCUUAGUGGACUGUGAAGAUCCCGAGUGUUGUGCCAGUCAUGUUUGUAAAACUUCUCAAUUAUGUGUCUCGGCACCCAAACCCAUAGAUGUUUUAUUGCGCAAACAACCUCCGGCUAUUACUGCUUCAUUCUUUGAACGCAUGAAAUUCUUAAUAGAUGAAAGUAGUUUACAAAAUUAUGCCAAAUUAGAAACGUUUAAUGAGAGCAUUUUUUGGAAUUAUUUCAAUGCAAGCCGUUCUGCUGUUAUACGAGGCCGUGUGGUUACUUCCCUAGGUAUGGGUUUAGUGGGCGUACGUGUCUCUACUACUACUUUAUUGGAGGGCUUUACCUUAACCCGUGAUGAUGGCUGGUUUGAUUUAAUGGUUAAUGGUGGUGGUGCUGUGACUUUACAAUUUGGUCGUUCUCCCUUCCGGCCUCAAUCGCGUAUUGUUCAAGUUCCCUGGAAUGAGGUUAUUAUCAUAGACACUGUCAUUAUGUCCAUGUCGGAGGAGAAAAGUGUGGCCUCUACUACUCAUACCUGUUUUUCUCAUGAUUAUGAUCUUAUGAAACCGGUGGUGUUGGCCUCUUGGAAACAUGGUUUCCAGGGUGCCUGUCCCGAUCGCAGUGCCAUUUUAGCAGAAUCUCAAGUUAUUCAAGAAAGUCUACAAAUCCCCGGCACCGGUUUGAAUUUAGUUUAUCAUUCCUCUCGUGCUGCUGGUUAUCUUUCUACCAUUAAGUUGCAGUUAACUCCGGAAUCGAUACCCACCACCUUACAUUUGAUACAUUUACGUAUUACCAUUGAAGGUAUAUUGUUUGAGCGUAUUUUUGAGGCUGAUCCUGGCAUUAAGUUUACCUAUGCCUGGAAUAGAUUGAAUAUAUAUCGCCAACGUGUGUAUGGUGUUACCACAGCCGUGGUAAAAGUGGGUUAUCAAUAUACCGACUGCAAAGAUAUAAUUUGGGAUAUUCAAACCACCAAGUUGUCGGGUCAUGAUAUGUCUAUAUCCGAGGUAGGAGGCUGGAAUUUGGAUAUACAUCAUCGCUAUAACUUCCAUGAGGGUAUAUUGCAAAAGGGUGAUGGUUCUAAUAUAUACUUGAAGAAUAAACCUAGAGUUAUUCUAACCACCAUGGGUGAUGGUCAUCAGAGGCCUUUGGAGUGUAUGGAUUGUGAAGGCAUGUCUUUGAAACAAAGACUAUUAGCUCCUGUAGCAUUAGCUGCCUCCCCCGAUGGCAGUUUAUAUGUGGGUGAUUUCAAUUAUAUACGUCGCAUUAUGACAGAUGGUACUGUACGCACAGUGGUCAAACUUAAUGCCACACGCGUUAGCUAUCGUUAUCAUAUGGCUUUGAGUCCUUUGGAUGGCACUUUAUACAUCUCAGAUCCCGAAUCACAUCAAAUUAUACGUGUGCGUGACACUAAUGAUUUCUCUCAACCUGAAAAGAAUUGGGAACCUAUUGUUGGUUCCGGAGAACGUUGUUUACCUGGCGAUGAAGCUCAUUGUGGUGAUGGUGCCUUGGCUAAAGAUGCCAAAUUGGCUUAUCCUAAGGGAAUUGCUAUAUCUAGUGAUAAUAUCUUGUAUUUUGCGGAUGGCACCAACAUACGUAUGGUAGAUAGAGAUGGUAUAGUUAGCACCUUAAUAGGCAAUCAUAUGCAUAAGUCACACUGGAAACCUAUACCCUGUGAGGGUACCUUAAAGCUGGAAGAAAUGCAUUUACGUUGGCCCACUGAAUUGGCCGUCAGUCCUUUGGAUAAUACUCUACAUAUCAUAGAUGAUCAUAUGAUUUUGCGUAUGACUCCUGAUGGUCGAGUUCGAGUGAUUUCGGGACGUCCUUUGCACUGCGCUACAUCCUCUUCGGUAUACGACUCAGAUCUAGCUACCCAUGCUACCCUGGUAAUGCCUCAAUCUAUAGCUUUUGGUCCUCUGGGUGAGCUGUAUGUGGCAGAAAGUGAUUCUCAACGUAUUAAUCGUGUCCGUGUUAUAGGCACCAAUGGCCGUAUUUCCGCCUUUGCUGGAGCCGAAUCGAAAUGCAAUUGUUUAGAACGUGGAUGUGAUUGUUUUGAGGCUGAUCAUUAUCUAGCCACCAGUGCCAAGUUUAAUACCAUUGCUGCUUUAGCUGUUACACCUGAUGGUCAUGUCCAUAUAGCCGAUCAAGCCAAUUAUCGCAUACGUUCGGUUAUGUCCAGCAUACCCGAGGCCAGCAUGUCCCGUGAAUAUGAAAUAUAUGCUCCUGAUAUGCAAGAAAUCUAUAUAUUCAAUCGUUUUGGUCAACAUGUCAUGACCAAGAACAUCUUAACCGGUGAGACUACUUAUGUCUUUACCUAUAAUGUCAACACCUCUAAUGGAAAAUUGAGUACAGUGACCGAUGCUGCUGGUAAUAAGGUAUUCCUGUUGCGUGAUUACACCUCCCAAGUUAACUCCAUAGAAAACACUAAAGGUCAGAAAUGCCGUUUGAGAAUGACUCGUAUGAAAAUGUUGCAUGAGUUGAAUACCCCCGAUAACUACAAUGUCACUUUUGAGUAUCACGGACCCACCGGUUUGCUGAAAACUAAAUUAGAUUCUACCGGUCGUUCCUAUGUUUACAACUAUGAUGAAUUUGGUCGUUUAACUUCGGCAGUUACUCCUACUGGUCGUGUUAUUGAUUUGGCUUUCGAUUUAAGUAUUAAGGGAGCUCAAGUCAAAGUUUCGGAAAAUGCCCAAAAAGAAAUCUCCAUGUUAAUACAAGGCUCUUCAGUGGUAGUGCGCAAUGGUGAGGCUGAAUCCAAGACCAUGGUAGAAAUGGAUGGUUCUACUACCAGUUUAACUCCUUGGGGUCAUUUGCUGCAAAUGGAGGUGGUUCCCUAUCCAAUAUUGGCUGAAAUUUCUCCUAUAAUAGGAGAAUCCUAUCCAGUGCCCGCUAAGCAACGUACUGAAAUCUCUGGUGAUUUGGCUAAUCGUUUCGAAUGGCGUUAUUUCGUUAGAAGACUGCAACAAGGCAAACAGAAUAAGGGUCCCAGAUCUGUGACACAAGUGGGACGUAAAUUACGUGUCAAUGGUGAUAAUGUUUUGACUUUAGAAUAUGAUCGUGAUACACAAUCUAUAGUGGUAAUGGUAGAUGAUAAACAAGAAUUGCUGAAUGUAACCUAUGAUCGUACCUCACGCCCUGUAAGCUUCCGUCCUCAGUCUGGGGAUUAUGCCGAUGUUGAUUUGGAAUAUGAUCGUUUUGGUCGUUUGGUUACCUGGAAAUGGGGUAAUCUACAAGAAGCCUAUACAUUUGAUCGUAAUGGCCGUUUGAAUGAGAUUAAAUAUGGUGAUGGCUCCUCUAUGGUUUAUGCUUUUAAGGACAAUUAUGGUUCUUUGCCUUUGAAGGUGACAACACCCAGAAGAUCUGAUUAUCUAUUGCAAUAUGAUGAUGCAGGCGCCUUACAAAGUCUAACAACCCCCAGAGGUCAUAUUCAUUCAUUUUCGCUGCAGACGUCAUUGGGUUUCUUUAAAUACCAAUAUUUCUCACCCAUUAAUCGUCAUCCCUUUGAAAUACUCUACAAUGAUGAAGGUCAAAUCUUGGCUAAAAUACAUCCUCAUCAAUCGGGCAAGGUUGCUUUCGUGCACGACAACUCAGGACGUUUGGAAACUAUAUUAGCUGGUUUGUCUAGCACUCAUUACACUUAUCAAGAAACCACCAGUUUGGUAAAAUCCGUAGAAGUUCAAGAACCUGGUUUUGAAUUACGCCGCGAAUUUAAAUAUCAUGCUGGUAUCUUAAAAGAUGAAAAAUUACGUUUUGGCUCCAAGAACUCUUUAGCCUCCGCUCACUACAAAUAUGCUUAUGAUGGUAAUGCCCGUUUAACGGGAGUUGAAAUGUCUAUAGAUGAUAAAGAAAUGCCCACUACACGCUACAAGUUUAGUCAAAAUCUAGGCCAACUAGAGGUGGUACAAGAUUUGAAAAUUACACGCAAUGCUUUCAAUCGUACCGUCAUACAAGAUUCCUCUAAACAAUUCUUUACCAUUAUCGAUUAUGAUCAACAUGGUCGCGUUAAGAGUGUUUUAAUGAAUAUCAAAAGUUUUGAUGUUUUCCGUUUGGAAUUGGAUUAUGAUCUACGCAAUCGUAUUAAGUCACAGAAAACAACAUUUGGUCGUUCAACGGCUUUUGAUAAAAUCAACUAUAAUGCUGAUGGUCAUGUGAUUGAGGUUUUGGGUACUAAUAACUGGAAGUACCUUUAUGAUGAAAAUGGCAAUACUGUAGGUGUAGUGGAUCAAGGUGAAAAGAUCAAUUUGGGUUAUGAUAUAGGUGAUCGUGUGAGUCAAGUGGGUGAUAUAGAAUUUAAUAACUAUGAUGCUAGAGGUUUUGUGGUCAGAAGAGGAGAACAGAAAUAUCGUUAUAACAAUCGUGGCCAGUUGAUUCAUGCCUUUGAACGUGAACGUUUCCAGACUUGGUAUUACUAUGAUGAUCGCAGCCGUUUAGUGGCCUGGCAUGAUAGCAAGGGUAAUGUUACUCAAUAUUAUUAUGGUAAUCCCCGAUCACCUUUGCUGCUAACACAUAUGCAUUAUCCCAAAACGGGCAAAACAUUGAGAUUCCACUAUGAUGAUCGUGAUAUGUUAAUGGCGGUAGAAACAGCUGAACAGAGAUAUUAUGUUGCUACCGAUCAAAAUGGUUCUCCCUUAGCCUAUUUCGAUAUGAAUGGUGCUAUUCUGAAAGAAAUGAAACGUACACCUUUUGGCCGUAUUAUUAAGGAUACCAAUCCUGAUUUCUUUAUACCCAUAGACUUCCAUGGUGGUUUGCUGGAUCCUCAUACCAAAUUGGUGUAUACCGAAGGACGUUUAUAUGAUCCUACAGUAGGUCAAUGGAUGACUCCUUUAUGGGAGACUUUGGCUACCGAAAUGUCUCAUCCUACCGAUGUUUUUAUCUAUCGUUAUCACAAUAAUGAUCCUGUUAAUCCUAGUAAACAGCAAAAUUACAUGAUUGAAUUGGAGUCUUGGCUGCAAUUGUUUGGUUAUGAUUUGAGCAACAUGCAAAGUUCCAAAUACACUAAAGCUUUGCAGUAUAAUCCUCAGGCCUCUAUUAAAUCACAAACUUUGGCUCCUGAUUUUGGUGUUAUAUCAGGUUUGGAAUGUAUAGUGGAGAAAACUAAUGAAAAGUUUAGUGAUUUUGAUUUUGUGCCCAAACCUUUGCUAAAAAUGGAACCCAAAAUGCGUAAUCUUUUGCCAAGAGUUUCCUACCGAAGAGCGGUAUUUGGUGAGGGAGUUUUGCUAUCACGCAUAGGUGGUAGAGCCUUGGUUAGUGUGGUAGAUGGUUCCAAUAGUGUAGUACAGGAUGUGGUAUCCUCAGUCUUCAAUAAUUCCUAUUUCUUGGAUCUACACUUUAGCAUACAUGAUCAGGAUGUAUUCUAUUUUGUCAAAGAUAAUGUUUUAAAAUUGAGAGAUGACAAUGAAGAACUAAGAAGAUUGGGCGGCAUGUUUAACAUAUCAACUCAUGAGAUUACCGAUCAUGGUGGUUCAGCAGCCAAAGAAUUAAGAUUACAUGGACCCGAUGCUGUGGUUAUCAUUAAGUAUGGUGUAGAUCCUGAACAAGAAAGACAUCGUAUUUUAAAACAUGCUCAUAAAAGAGCAGUAGAAAGAGCCUGGGAAUUGGAAAAACAAUUAGUAGCAGCCGGUUUCCAGGGUAGAGGAGACUGGACCGAAGAAGAAAAAGAAGAAUUAGUAUCACAUGGUGAUGUCGAUGGUUGGAUUGGUGUAGAUAUUCAUAGUAUAUAUAAAUAUCCACAAUUAGCCGAUGAUCCAGGUAAUGUGGCCUUUCAAAGAGAUGCUAAACGUAAGAGAAGAAAGAUUGGACAAAAUCAUCGUACGGUUAAAAGCCGUAGACAACAGAGAUUAAAAGAUAUGUCAGCGUGAAAUCAAGCUAUUUAUGAAUCAAUACAAAAUGACAACGAUUUACUACGACAACAACAACAACAUCAACAACAAACACAACAAUAUAAACUUUACGAAAUCUGGCCAGCAGACAAAGACGAAAAUACAAACGAAGAGGAAGAUGUUAAAGAAGAAUACGAUUCCGAUUACGAAUACGAAAGUAAUAACCCUAGAAAAGACUUGGUAAGCAACUCAACCGAAGAUGACUUGUAUUAUUAAAUAAGCUUAAAAACAUACACUGAGAAAAAAAAACAUUAAAUAAAAUUGAAUAAUUAACUUUUUAAAUAAGAAAUUAUAAAACAAAAACUUCAUAAGCAAAAA